AGAGGAUGCUGGCGCUCUAUCCAUGAGCAGAAGGUGCCGGAAAAUGAUUACCAAGUGGGAACUCUUGUUUAGGUUUUGAUCUUUAUAGCAUGCCUGUUUGACGUUAGCUUACACCCAAUAGCCUUAACUACUAACGACUUAGAAAUAUUUAAGUUUUAGCGUAUUUUCUGAUGGAUCCUGGAACUUUACGAAUAAACACAAAUAUUUAAAACGUUUCACGUUGCUUUGUUUUGUCUUACGACAUUUUACGUUGUUGUUUACUUGGAAGACUGGGCUUUUUAUAGCCAGUCCAGCUAUGUACACAGAGCUUAACAGCAUCCUGAACACGAGCCCUGAGAGCUUUACAAAGGUAAAGAGGGCGAUUUCAUUCUGUUAUCAGAUAAACAAAGUGAUGCAUCUUUCCUGAUUCAUCACUUUCUGUCUUUUUACCUGCGCGCAAAAUGCAAAGUGUGUUUCCUUGCGAUGGUUCAGUCCUUCAGCCACUACAGUACAGUUAGUCAAAGACUGGGUGUAAGUUUAGCACAAGCGAAAGAAAAGGGUCAGCUAGUGUUUCUUGAAGGACUGCAGGAGUCUUUGUCUAUUUUGAUUCCUCAAGAUGAACACACAGGAAGUCAAGCCAUGAACUUUCUCAGAGACCCAAAACUGGGCCUGCAAGAUCUCUACGAGUUUGUGUCUUCCAAGGUUAAAAGGUCCUGUGGUGGGGAGGCAGAGUCAGAAGAAUGGGGACCUCCAGUGUUGUUGGUGGAUGACCUUAGUGUGCUGUUGACUCUGGGGGUGACGGUUGGGGCAGUCCUGGACUUCAGCCACUACUGUCAAGCCACAAUCUGCUCCAAGCUACAGGGCAACAUGGUGAUGUUGGUACGUUGUGAUCAAGAAGAAGAUGAAGGAGACAAUGAGAGCCCUGCUUGCCUCUUAAAGGGUCUGACUCACCAAAGUAGCCUCACUCUUGAUGUCCAGGGUCUUCCAACUGGUUACUGCAGGGACAUUCAUGGCCAGGUGGAAGUGUGUUGGCAGAGGAGGCAAGGUGAUGGGCAGAACACACAGAAUAAACUGUUUCAAUAUAAGGUCCAUGAUAAAGGAGCAUCCUUCUUUGCUCGAGGGACAUCCAGUGCUGUCCUCUAGUCAGUGUCUGACUGGUGCCAGAAUGAAUGACUAGUUACUCACUGUUAACACCCAAAGCCAAGGACCUGGUCUGGCCCAAGGUGGAAGGACACAGCAAACAAGAAAGUUGAUGGAGACUUUGGUAUCAGUAUUGAUUCUCACAGUAUGACUCUAGAGUCAUACUGUGUCUACUUCAUUUAUGCCAAACAUUUUUCAUCAUGGAACUAAUCAAGGGAUUCUUGUAAUAGAGAUUCUUAUCAAGUGUUUAGAGCAUCACAGCAUGUACUCUGAGUACAUAUUCAUUCAUGAUUUUCUUUUUUUUUUCUUUUUUUAUACCUUAGUUACAUCAAUAAACUAAAUGUAAGUAUGUACAUUGAGGCACUGCUGUAAUAAAGUCCAAUUCAUUUU